CAUCAUCAGACUGGCACUGGCCAGAGAGCUCAACAAUAUCAACAACCGGCGAAGAAGUAGUAGAUCGUGUCGCGGUAGAGGAGCGCUCACAGACGAACGUGCUUCUGACGAACGAACGAACAACCCCUAGAAGAGGGCUGAAUUAAAGACGAUCCUUCAUACCGGUUCUGGUCCUUGAAGAAGGAAGUGCAUUGUGGAAGGAUUCCGAACAUGUCUAGUGGCCCAUGUGAAUAGGUGUUUUCAUUAGUUGGUGUUUUGUGCGAGACAGUUUGGAUUAUUUUGUUUAUCGACAACGAUGGGUGGUUUGCGUUGUGUGGACUCGCUCCUUAACAGGGCUUUCUACAAGUUAGGAACUAUAGUAGGAAAACAUCCAGGAUAUUUCAUCAUAGUGCCAGUUCUACUCACACUUCUUGGUAUAACAGGAGUACAACAGAUGCGAAACAAUAUUGAUCCUGAAUAUCUGUUCAGUCCCAUAAAUGGACCAGGAAAGUAUGAGAGAGCUGUUGCAGAGGAAUAUUUCAAAGUAAACUACACCAGUCGAUUCAAUGUAGCUAGGAUCACUAGAGCAGGACGUUUCGGAAGAGUUAUAGUGACUUCGAAGGAUGGAAUCAAGAAUAUGCUUAGAGCAGAAAUCUGGAAGGAACUACGGCUUUUGGAUGGACUCAUCCAAAACAUGACUGUUUUCUACAAUGACGAAUAUUUCACUUACAAGGACAUUUGUGCCAGAUGGCAGUCCGAAUGUUUUCAAAACGAUAUUCUGAAUUUGGACUAUAUUAUAGACGAUGUCCAAACUGGUGCUUUAAAUCUGACCUUCCCACUCAUGUUCAACCCAGUCACUUGGGACGCCCAUGCCUUCCCAGUUUUCUUCGGUGGUACCGAAGUUAGUGAAGAUGGAAUAAUAAUCAGCGUUCCCUCAGUUCAACUCGUGUAUUUUGGAAAUGCGGACACCAAAAAAUUCGACAAGAUGGGUGCUGCUUGGGAGGACGCUUUUCUGGAUUUGAUCGAGGAAAAACAAGACAAGCAGAAUAUUUUCGAGCACAUAAGGAUCGCUAGGUUUUCUUCUAGAACGCUCGAUCACGAAUUAGAGAAAAAUACGAAAUCAGUGGUGCCUUACUUUAGUUCCACUUUCGCCAUUAUGGCUUUAUUCUCAGUGGUGACCUGCAUGAUGACGGACUGGGUAAGGUCCAAGCCUUGGCUGGGACUUCUUGGGAACUUGAGCGCAGCUAUGGCAACCCUAUGUGCCUUUGGAAUCUGCAUGUAUGCAGGGGUGGACUUCAUUGGAAUAAAUUUGGCUGCACCGUUCCUGAUGAUCGGUAUCGGAAUUGACGACACCUUCGUGAUGUUGGCAGCUUGGAGGAGGACUUCCAUGAAACACAGCGUCCCAGAAAGAAUGGCGCAAAUGAUGAGCGAAGCGGCAGUCUCCAUUACCAUAACGUCAGUAACCGAUUUCUUCAGUUUCGGAAUCGGUAUCUUCAGUCCUUUUCCUUCUGUGACUAUUUUUUGCAUAUACUCAGGUGCUGCCACUUGUCUAUUGUUCAUCUGGCACAUAACCUUUUUUGCUGCCUGCGUCGCUAUCUCUGGUUACGCUGAAGAGAAGAACCUCCAUUCGAUUAUUUGUAUCCCCGUCCAGCCUGUAUCAAAGUCGCAAAACAGAUGGUGGAUCUACCACCUCUGCUGCAGUGGUGGAGUAGACCACGAAGACAUGGACAACCCUCUGGAUAACACCGAAAACGGCGUCAUGGUAUUCUUCAGAGAUUACUUCGCAGCUUUUCUGAAUAAUGGAUUCGUCAAAUUCCUGGUAAUCUUGGUGUUCCUUGGCUACCUGGCUGGUGCAGGAUAUGGCGUUACGCAGAUCCAGGAGGGCUUGGAAAGGCGUAAAGUGGCCAAGAACGAUUCCUACGCCAUUGAGUUCUUUGACAGGGAAGACGAUUAUUAUAGAGAAUUUCCGUACAGGAUGCAAGUGAUAGUAGCGGGCACAUACGAUUACUCCAAUGAAACAAUCCAAGACCAAGUGGAAACAUUGACACAACAGUUGGAGAACACCUCUUACGUCUCAAACCAACUUUACACAGAAUCAUGGCUGAGGAGUUUCCUCCAAUAUGCAGAAAGAAACCAGGAGUACCUUAACUUCACCAUCGACAAAAAGGAUGAUUUCAACAAGGUUCUGAAAGAGUUGUGGCUGCCCCCAACCAGUCCUUUCUCUCUAGAUGUCAAAUUCGACGAAUCUGGCGACAAUAUAGUAGCGAUGAGAUUCCUGGUGCAGGCUGUCAACAUUUCAGGAACCGAGCAUGAGAAGGAGAUGGUCAGAGCUCUCAGGGAAAUUUGCAAGGAAUCACCGUUGAACGCUACAAUCUUCCAUCCUUAUUUCGUCUUUUUCGAUCAGUUCGAACUUGUUCGUCCACAGUCCAUUCAGAACAUGCUCAUUGGAGGAAUCAUCAUGAUGAUUGUAUCCUUUGUUUUCAUCCCCAAUUUCUUGUGUUCCUUCUGGGUUGCAAUCAGUAUAGUUUCAAUCGAGACUGGUGUUAUUGGAUACAUGGCAUUAUGGGGCGUAAACUUAGACUCCAUCUCUAUGAUCAACCUCAUCAUGUGCAUAGGAUUCAGUGUGGAUUUCACUGCCCACAUCUGUUACGCGUACAUGAGCUCAAAGGCAGAAUCCCCCGAUGAAAGGGUUAGGGAGUGUCUUUACGCUUUAGGACUGCCAAUAUUGCAAGGAUCUAUCAGUACAAUCCUGGGAAUGAUGGCUUUGAUCCUUGCUAAUAACUACAUAUUCGCUGUUUUCUUCAAAAUGGUUUUCUUGGUGGUGUUCUUCGGAGCCAUGCAUGGCCUAUUCCUCCUACCCGUUCUUCUAUCAUUAUUCGGACCUGGAUCCUUCUCAAAACGAACCCGACAUGAAGAUAUCAAGAUGUCCAACGUAGAAAAAUCCCUGCCUCGUCCUUACUGCAUACCACACCCGCAGCUCAAAAUCAAUGGUGGCAACUUGGGUAAUACCCUCAGAAGCCAGAACAUACCAACAUUAGAAAAAUAUGACAGUGCCAACUUAAAAUCGUACAACGUUGACAAGGAUUUGGGUCUUGGUACAUCAGAGGAAAACUCAAGCGAAUCGAGCUCAAACCAUUCGAAUAAAAAGCCGGUUUUGGACAAGGAAUCUUUGGAUAAAAAGUACCAAGAAUCCUGGAUAAACACACCAGAGAUGUCAUCCAGUCAGUUUCAUACCUCUCAGGUGCUGGAUAUCUUCGGUACUGAUUCGGAACAAGAGUAUUACAGGAGGAGAGAAGUAGCUGAUCGUAACAGACGGCAAUUCCAAGAGUUGCCAAGACGAGAAGAAACGAACAGAAGACAGGGAAAUGGACAUAGGAGGUACUCUCCACCAGAAUCCUGGUAUUAUCCGCAUCCUCCUCAGCCUCAAGAAAUUUCAGCCAUCAGGAGAGAAAGAGCUUUGGGAAGAUCAAAUUCUUACCAUAAUAUCAUGCAUCCUAGAUAUCUCCAGGAGUUCAAAUUUCCUUGAUCAGUAUCAAUUUAGAAAUAGAACCAAUAAUCAGUAGCUUCGGAAGGUGAAACCAAAAAAUAAAGUUAUAAAUCGUAUUUUGGUCGCGCAUUUAUGUACCUACUAGAAUCAAAAUAAUUUGUUAUGUUCAGAUGUUAUUACUUUGUUCAUUUUAUAGUUCCCAACCUAGAAUUUUCUUGGGUUGUUCGUAUUUCUCAGGGAAAUUUUUCACUCCAUAGAAUUUAUCAAAUUAUUAUUAUUAAUCAUACACAAUUCCCAAAAUUUCGAUUGAUGUUGUUAACACCCUAUGGAGCAGAAAUACUGAGGAAUUAAUGUUAAAUCCAGUGUACAUAUUAUAGAUAUUUAAAUGUAUUUAUCACAGAAAUAUCUUGACCAGUAGAUUUUCUCAAUUUCACGACAACCAAAAAUGGUCGAAUCUUCAUCAAUUCUACCAAUAAACUCUUCAUUUCUGACAAAUUUAAAUAAUUAUUAUUUUGGGGAAAAAUUAAGUACGAAAUUUGGACCAGGUGUUUCAGGUUCUGUUCGUUGUUGUAGUGUGAUAAAAAGAAGGGUUAAUUCUGGUACUAUUUAAUUUUAUCUUGAUGACUGACAAAUAGGGGGCUUCACAGAGGUUUGAAACUUGUGCUCCUGCAAUUGAAUGCUCAAUAUCUUCAUUGAAUCGUUUAUAGUCUUAGUGUAUAAGUUGUAAAUAAAGAUUUGAAUAUAACUUUUGUAAAAUAUUUUUACUUAGAACAAUUAAAAAUAUUUUCAUUA